AGGAGGAGGCUCCAUCCCAGCAGGCGGCAGAAAGGGGCGCGAGGAGGCGAGGUGUGCGGGACAGACCCCAUCCUCCCGGCUCCCUCCCGCCGACGCGGCGGCUGCAGGCGAGGCCGCUGUGCACGAGCCCCAGGGGAGAUGGCGGUGCGGCCGGCGAUGGGUGCGUGGCUGCUGAUGUUGCUGCUGAUGGUGGCGGCCACCCUGGCGCGCUCGGCGGCGCCCCGGCACGCCGCGGUGCUGCCCGACGGCGGGGGCAGCGGGGACGGCGAGGAGGUCUCGGCCGCGCCGCCCGUCCGCCGCGUGACACCCGGGACCGGCCCGACGGUGGGGGACGCGGCGGGGACCACCGUCACCAACAGCUCGGCGCCGGGCGGUGUGCUGGACGGGCUGGUGGACUUCUUCAAGGAGUACAUGCUGCUGGUGGUGGUGGUGGGCUCGCUGGCCUUCGUCCUCCUCUUCAUCAUCUGCGCCGCCGUCAUCGUCCGGCAGAAGCACAAGGCAUCCGCCUACUACCCCUCCUCCUUCCCCAAGAAGAAGUACGUGGACGAGCGGGACAAAGUGGGGGGGGCCCGGGCUUUCAGUGAGGUGCCGGAGAAAGCCCCCGACCCCGGCGCCGAGGAGCCCCUCGAUGGUGGGCGGCAGCUGCAGGCAGACAUCCUCGCCGCCGCCCAGAACCUCAAAUCCCCCCCCAAGGCGUCGCUGGCCAACGGAGCCCGGGGGGAGCAGAAACCUCCCCCCGAGGAGGAGGAGGAGGAGAAGGAGAAGGAGGAGGAGGAAGGAAGCCAGAAGUCGGGUGAUGAGCAACCCACUGAGCCCCCUCCCCAAAAUCCGAGCGGCGAGGAAGCGGCGGGUGCAACGGGAGCAGCCCCCAGUGCAGCCCAGGACGGCCCCACGGCCCCCCCCGGCGUCUAGGGCAGGGUCGUGGUCCUGGGCGAGCCCAAGGAGCCGCCGGCUCAGGAGGAGGACGCCCUGCAGACACGCGAUGGACAUGGCGGUUGUUGCUCCAUACGUACGUGGCGGCUCAAGGAAGCCCCGAUGAAGCCCCCCCUGCCCCCUCCCCGCCCCCUCCAGGGCCCACUGCCCCUCACACCGGUGGGAUGCUGUGGCAAAGCCAUGGGGGUUUUUUUCGGCAGAUGGUGUUUUUGGGGCGGUGCUGGAGUCCCAUCAGCCCCGUGGCUCCAAAGGGAUUUGUCCACCCCCAGGCACUCUGUGGGCGCUCCCUUCCCAGCUCCGGCUAUGUCGGUGUGUCCCCCCCCCCCCGCCGCCCCGUGCCGUGCCCAGCACUCCUUGCCCUCCGCCACACACCGCCAGCUUUCUCCCAAAUGUAAUUUUACUAAUUAGCAGCGUCUUGGCCCCUGCCGGGCACCCGUCCGGGAGCUGCAUCCUCCGGGCAGAGGCACGGCGCUGCAGCCGGGGGUCUGUGCAGCCACCCCCCACCCCGCCACGGGGAGUGGGACAGGGGCUGGCGGCCACCUUGGGCACCUUUCUGAUCACUGGGACCACCGAGGAAAGGAGGACGGGGAUUUAGGGGAUUUAGUCGCAAGGACCCGUCCUCUCAAUUUGCUGCCCCAAAGCCAUGACCCAGAGCCCAGCUGGACUUUUUUUUUGCCUUAUUUUCUGAACCCCUUCAGCUCGUAAUAAAGACUUUUCCUCCGCAGAUCUCCUCUCCU